AUGUCCUCUUGUCAACCGCCACCGUUCCUCAGCAGCAUGGUGGUGAGAUGGCUGUCGGUGUGGAUUAUAUUGGCGAGCUCGGCCUUUGCUUCUGCGAAGUGCGCUGCGGAUUACUAUGUCCGCUCGCUGCCGGGACAGCCAGAGGGGCCUCUGCUGAAAAUGCACGCCGGGCACAUUGAAGUUGACCACGAGAACAAUGGGAACCUCUUCUUCUGGCAUUUCCAGAAUCGUCAUAUUGCCAACCGGCAACGAACGGUGAUUUGGUUGAACGGUGGGCCCGGAUGCAGCUCCAUGGAUGGUGCCAUGAUGGAAGUCGGGCCAUACCGGCUUAAGGAUGAUCAUACCCUGAAAUAUAAUGAAGGUUCCUGGGAUGAAUUUGCGAACCUUCUCUUUGUCGAUCAGCCUGUUGGCACAGGUUACAGUUAUGCCAAUACGAAUAGCUAUCUUCAUGAACUAGACGAAAUGGCCGCUCAUUUCGUUACUUUUAUGGAAAGAUGGUUCGAAUUGUUUCCCGAAUACGAACAUGACGAUUUAUACUUCGCUGGCGAAUCUUAUGCGGGACAAUACAUACCAUACAUUGCCAAAGCAAUUUUGGACCGCAACAAAAACGAAACAGUCAUAGCGCAACGUCGACUCUGGCACCUCAAAGGUCUACUUAUUGGGAACGGAUGGUUUUCGCCCGUCGAGCAAUAUUUGUCCUAUUUGCCCUACGUUUACAAGGAAGGCAUGGUCAAAAAUGACAGCGAUGAAGCAAAGGGGAUCGAAAGGGCGCACUCGGAUUGCGUUGCUGAACUUGAUCGAGCUAAAGGCGACGUCAAAAUCCACGUUGAUGUUUGUGAAAAGAUCCUAUCCGCGAUUCUUGACGUGUCAAACAAAAGUGGACAUUGUGUAAACAUGUACGAUGUCCGGCUUACGGAUACAUUUCCAUCGUGCGGUAUGAAUUGGCCACCAGACUUGAAGCACUUGGCUCCUUACCUCCGGCGGGACGAUGUUACUAGCGCCUUGCAUAUCAACAAGGACAAGAAAACGGGAUGGACAGAAUGCGCGGGAGCAGUAUCGAGCAGCUUUAGGCCCCGCAAGUCCAAACCGUCAGCGGACUUACUCCCAGGGCUGCUCGAGUCGGGGGUACGAAUCGGACUGUUCAGUGGAGCCAAGGAUCUGAUUUGCAACCAUAUCGGCACCGAAGAGUUCAUCAAUAAGAUGGAAUGGUCAGGUGGAAAGGGAUUUGAGCUCUCGCCCGGAGUCUGGGCUCCUCGUCGCGACUGGACUUUUGAAGGGGAGACCGCCGGCUACUAUCAAGAAGCACGGAACCUCACUUACGUUCUGUUUUACAAUGCUAGUCAUAUGGUGCCAUUUGACUAUGCGAGGCGAUCGCGCGACAUGCUUGACAGGUUCUUAGGUGUGGAUAUUACUAGUAUUGGAGGAAAUCCCACAGAUUCUCGCAUCGACGGCGAAAAGGGUGCACUCACCUCUGUUGGUAACCAUCCCAAUAGCACCCUCGCCGAACAGCGUGAGAAAGAAAAACUCAAGGCUGCAACGUGGAAGGCCUACUACAAAUCUGGAGAAGUCGCGCUUGUUGUUGUUGUCAUUGCAGCUGGUGCCUGGGGAUUCUUCCUUUGGCGCUCUCGCCGUCAACGACAGGGAAGCGGGUACCUUGGCAUUUAUCCCAGCCUCAAUGGUUUGAGCUCAGGGUCCCUCCCCAGAUAUCGAAACAAACGUUCUUCCCGUGAUAUAGAGGCUGCCGCGGAAUUCGAGGCUUCAGAAUUGGAGACCCUGCACGACAUGGAUGAUAGAUCGCCGGGUCCGAGUCGUGAUAAUUAUAGUGUAGGUGAGGAUAGUGAAACUGAAGACGAAAAGCGUUAUCCGCCAACGGACUUUGACCGACAGGAUGGGACGCCUUCAGCUUCUAGAACAUAG